AUGCCGAGCCAAUCCCGGGGGCGGCACGUCGCUUCGCCGUCCGCCGCCCCCUCCCGCGCGGGCGGGCGCGCGGACGCGCAGUGGGACGCGCACUGGGAUCCGCCGGCGUUCCGCCGCUGGCUGCUGGGCUUCGCGGCGGUGCGCUUCGACCUCGAGCAGGGUCAGCUCGUCGAGGCGCUCUUCCCCGCGGGCGCGCUCAGCGCGGAGGAGGAGACUGACGUGGCGUUCUCGUCGUUCCCCGACUCCAUGUCCGCCGUGCACUCGCGCGCCUCGCUCUACGACUGCCUCUUCUUCUUCCGCAUCCGCCGCCGCGGCGUUCCGCCUGCCCUCGCCGCCACGAGCGGUGGGGUUGAUAACGGGGCGGGCAGCAGCGGCGACGGCACGGGGGAGGGGGCUGGGCGGAGUGCGCUCGCCGCGCAAUCUCCGCUGCUGCAGCAGCAGCACGUGCACACUAGUGUCGGUCUGGGGGCAGCAGGGGGAGCAGCCACGCGGGCGACGAGUCGGGCAGAGCGGUCCGCCGCGUCCGCGCGGAGGCAGUCCGCCAGCCCGCCGCGGUGGGACCCGGGAACCAAUCGCGCGACAACACCUGGCACGACCCCGCGGCGAGGCAUUAGCGUGGGGCACGGCGGGGGGCCGGCGGGGGCGAUGGCGGAGAGCAUCAGCGCGCCCGCGUCGUCUCUCACCAGCCCCACGGGGCUCGUCGCCGCCGCCGCCUCGCCCUUCGCGCGGCUCGACAGAUGCGCCACGGAGCCGCUCGCGGGCGGCGAGGGGGGAGACGAGGCGGAGGUACAGUGGCGCGCGCAGGCGGGGGCUGGCGCGCUGAGACACUCCGCCAGCGCGCGGGGGAGCGCGGGGCAGCGGGAGGAGGAAGCGGCGGUGGGCAGAUCCGCGUCCAUGGGGGCGGGGAGGCGCGCGAUGCCCGCGCACAGCCAAGACGAGGACGACCGAGGGGGGAACGGCGGGUCUGGGGGCGGAGCAGCAGCAGCAGGGGGGGCGGGGAGGGGCGGGGCGCGAUACCUGUACGGGUUUGUGUUCAACCGGCAGCGGCACGACGAGAGGCUGCCACGAGGCGGCGAGCAGAAGUCGGUGGUGGUGCUCUCCGAGCGCCCCUUCUCCGCCGCCUUCCGCCGCCUCGCCCAGGUCGUCGGCCCGCUCUACUUCGACCGCGGACCAAUCGCGUUCGUCCAGGUGGCCGCGUGGGUCUCCCUGUGGCCUGCGCCGUACCAGCCGAGCGUGGUGGGCGGCGGGGGAGUGGGCGGGGCGGCGGGCGGUGUGAUGGAGCUGCCGGUGGGGCCGCGCACGUCCCUGCGCGUGCAGCUGCCGCCCGCCCACACACUGCCGCCCGCGUCGCACUCGGCGCUGGACGACUUCACGGCCGCCAUGGCGCCCGCCCCCCUCUCCACCUCCGCGCCCCAGGGCAUAUUCCACGACGCGGACGUGUUUGGCAUCCUGCGCGGGGUGGCGGCGCAGCUGUGGGUGCUGUGGGAGCUGCUGCUGCUGGGCGAGCCGCUGCUCGUCAUCGCCCCCACGCCCGCACAGUGCUCCGAGGCCGUCGCCGCCCUCGUCGGGCUCAUCGCGCCCCUGCCCUGCUCGCAGGACUUCCGCCCCUACUUCACCAUCCACGACCCCGACUUCCCCGCGCUCAACGCGCUGAGGGACGGCGACGCGCUGCCCGCCGUGGUGCUGGGGGUGACGAACCUCUUCUUUCUGAAAGCGCUCAAGCACCUGCCGCAUGUGCUGUCCGUGGGGCGCCCGCCGCACGGCGGGCAGGGCGUGGCGGGGGCGGCGCGGUACGGGGCGGGGGCGGGCGGCAGCUUGCAGCCGAACGGGCAGGUGGCAGUGAGGGAGAGCGUGGGGCGGCUGCCACAUCAGCAGCAGUCGCCGCUGCGACGCCUGGCCACUGGCGGGCUGCUGAGUCAAUGCUGUCUUACACCACUCCUUUCCCUCCCCUCCUCUCCUUACUCCCACCCUCGUCCAUCCCCAUCCAAUUCCAUCCAUCUGCACCCACGCCUAUCCACGCCCCACCCCUCUGUGUGUCCUGGCAGCAUGCUGGCAGCGGGCAGCAAGGGCUUGGCGCGCAUGAGGGGGGAGGGGCCGCUGUCACUCAUGGGGGAGCACAGGGAGGCACUGUGGACCAAUCACGUGCCGGCAGUCAAGCCCGACACCGCCGUGCUCAACCGCCUUCUAGACGCCUCCACUGCUCUGCACCCCUCCGCCUCCCACCGCACUCACCGUUCCGGCUCCUCCGCCACCAAUGCUGCUGAUGCUGCUGCCUCCCCUGCUGACGCCACCUCUCUCGCCUCUGCUGCUGCAGCUGCUGCAGGGGUGGCAGCAGGAGGAGGGAAAGGCGGCCGCCCUGCAUCGGCGUCUGCCCCCCCAUCCGCCGCGGCGUCUCUCUUCAGCCUGCCGGGCGCCGUGGCGGGCUCGCUGCUGGCGGGCGUCACAGGCAUGCCAGGGCUGGACGAUGCGGCAGAGGGCAGCACAGGGGGAGGGGGAGGCGGGGUGGGGGGGCGGGGGGCGGGGGUGAGCGGGGAGACGGUGGCGAUGGUGAACAACGAGGUGCUGCGGCGGCACUUCAUCGAGCUCACCACCAACUUCCUCGCCCCCUUCGGCCCCUUCCUCCGCGCCGCCGCCCCGCCGCCCGACGCCUCGCCCUACUGCGACCCGCCGUCGCUGCCGCCCUUCGACGCCGCGGAGUUUCUCGGGCAGCUUGCCGCCCGCGGCCCGGGGAAGUUUCUCGCGAAGCGGCUGCAGGCGGGCAGGUGGCUGGAGGUGUACAGAAGGUUCCUGGAAGGGCCGAACUUCAUGCCGUGGUUUCAGCGGCGGCGCGCCGUGGCGGAGGCGGAGCAGCACCGGCUGUGGCGGGCGGCGCGGCUAAGGGCGGACGUGAGGAAGGCGGUGGGGGGCAUGGGCGAGGCAGACCUGGUGGAGGCGUUCCUGUGCGUUGAGAGGCACAUGGCGGUGGAGAGCAAGGUGAGGCACAUGGCGGUGGAGAGCAAGGCGUGGCGGAGGGCGGGCGAGUCCCCUGCAGUGGGCAAGCUGAGGGGCGACCUGCGCGUGCUCUGGGCGCACAUGCCGCCCGCCACGCAGCGCCUGCUGCUCCUCUCCCCCGCCCACGCCGCCUCUCUCCAGCUGCCGCCCUCCUCCGCCCCUGAGGAUGCUGGGCGGGGCUCGUCGGCGGUUUCUGGGAGUGGUGAGUCAGGAGACGCUCGGUGGGGGCAGCGGGCGAGUGAAGGCGCGGGGAGUGGCAGGGAAGGGGGUAGUGGAGCAGCAGCGGCACAAGGAGCAGCGGCAGCGGCAGGGGGGAGGGGAGGCGGGUGGGCUGGUUGGUUUUUUGGGAGGAGGACCGUGGAGAGCUCGGGGAGUGGGAGUGGAGCAGGGGAGAGGCGGGUGACAGCAGGCAGUGAUGGGGGGCGGAGAGAGGAGGCAGCAGAGGAAGCAGGGGCAGCAGAGGCAGGGCGGGGAGGAUCAGUUGGGGCUGCUGCCACAGCUGCGGCUCCUGGUUCCGCUUCUGCAGGGCUGGACCACAACGCCAGCUCAGGUGAUCUGUCAGGUGAUUCUUCAGGUGGUGUGGGCGGCAGCGGGGGGCAGAGUGGGACGGUGGAGAUGGUGGAGGCAGCGCAGCACCUCUCAGCGCUCGUGGCCAAUCUCAGCCUGCCACCUGUCAUCGCCCUCAACGGCGAAUCACACCCCUCAUCCAACCCUGGCAAAGCCUGGUCUGAAGCUUCCAGCCCUCCCCGAGGCUCCUCUGCAGGCUUGGGCCGAACGUCAAGCGGCGCUUCUCCACGAACGGCCGGAAUUGGGUGGGGAACGGACAUGUGGGACGGCAGCAGCGUUGGCUUGACGAGCAGCAGCGCGCGGAGCAGCACGCCUGCCCACCCCGCCUCCACCACCCCCAGCAGCACCACCAGCACGGGCAUGGGCAGCGCAGCACACGUGGCGGGUGCACGGUUCGCCGUGUCCCCCGUGGUGCCGUUUGGGCGGCGCCCCGGGCUGUCAGUGGGGCGCACGCCGCCACGCCUGUCGUCCUCUGCCCCCGGCACGCCCCUCCACCUGCACCCGGGAGGCACCUUCCUGCACACCCGCCCCGUCCCCGCACACUCCGCCGCGCCGCACCCAGGGGGGAGGUACACAGGCGGGGGUGGCGCAGGGGCGUUAGGCGGCGAGCGGUUGAGUGCGUGUGCGAGCGCAAGGGAUGAAGCGGGGAGCGGAGGGGUGGGGGGCAUGGAGGGCGGGGGGGCCAUGGAGGGCGGGGGGGUGAGGGUGGGGCGCACGGCCACGGAGCCGGUGCUGCCGUCGUCCUUCCACCCGCUCGCUUGA